UAUCUUAUUUUCAACAUUUAUUUAAUAGUAAAUUGUUUAGCCACUUGAUUGUAUUUGAAUUAACACAUGGUUAACUUUUUAAGUGCUAGUAAUGCUAUCAAUGUAAUUUCGAUGAGAUCACGCUGGUUUAUUUUAAUUUAAAUUGUAAUAUGAAAUUGGAUGAGAGAAUCGAGAACAUUUUGUUUUAUACAAUGUCUAUAAAUCAAGUAUAUUUGUUCUGUGUUCAUACAAAAUAAAAUGUUGCACCACUACGUUUUUGAAACUUUGAAAACUGCAAAGGUGCUAUACUAUUUAUAAAGAUAACAUUUUCCCACACAAUCACACCCUUUAUGUAAAUGUAUUUUGUAAAUGGUCAUGCUUUGCUAAUGCCUUGCCAAACAUCACGUUCAUGCAAUUUAUUUGCUGUCUUCAUGUGGAAAGUGCAUGAUAUUAUGAAAAUGUCCACAGUACAUAUCAAAGGGUCGAAAGGUUGUGCGCUCAAACUGCCAGAUAUAGUGAUAAAUGGUGCCCAGUGCUCUCUACGUUUUGCAUGAACGAAAUCCGUUUGAAUAAACAAGUACAAGCAACUUUGUAGCAGGCUACUAAGAGUUACUACGUUGUGUAGUAACACACCUAAAUCAAAAUAUCAUUCAUCACAAAUGCUAACUUAAUGUAAAAUACAAACUUUUAUUUAUUUCAGACAUGUUUCGGCAAUUUUGUGCCAUCGCCAGUGCGAAAAAAAUGCGCUAGGUUACAUUAAUGUUGUGUACUACAUAAGAUAUUUUGUUGAGAGACGCAUCAGGCAACAACACUCUCUUUUUAUAGUAAAUGUAAAUUAAGAUCUCUAGCUCACUAAUAAAUCAUAGUAGCACUACUACUAAGGUGAAAAACAGUCACGUGAAACUCGCAUGUGGAACGCUUCAAUACUUCAUAUGGCCACGUAUACAGUACGUUCGUGUCGCUUACUCCUAUUAGCAUCUCUUGUUUCUCGCCCAAAUCUCAAAAGGUUUUAAUGGAUUCCUCUGUUCGCCUAGUAACUAAGCUCCGAAAUAUUGUCGUUAAUAAUUUGCUUCUGAUUCUAAUCAUUGUUGGGGUUGUGUGUGGUUUCAUCAUUGGCCUUCCAUUGAAUAGCCAUGUUCAAAGUUCUCGUUAUGAUUUCGAAGAAAGGAAAAAGAUUGUCAUCUUGGUCGGGUUUGUAGGCGAAAUAUUUGUUCGACUCCUGAAGCUUCUUAUAAUCCCAUUGAUCAUCACCAGUAUUGUGCUUGCUGUCGCUUCGCUGGACACCGCAACUACAGGAAAACUUGGUCGACGCACGGUGAUUUAUUAUUUAGGAACGACAUUUAUCGCCGCUAUUAUUGGUGUAAUACUGGUGUUGAGUAUUCGCCCAGGAGAUACCGCAGUGCAGCAUGAGAAAUCGCAACCAAGACAUGUCAAUGCGAUGGACUCCAUAUUGGAUCUGAUAAGGAAUCUCUUCCCUGACAAUUUGGUGGAAACCACAUUUCGUACGUCGGAAACUACCUACAAAGAUCACGUCAACUCUCUUUAUAACACCACGAUUCCAGUUCGUGAUAUCCGAGGUAGCCCAGGCAACCUUUCAAAGUUUUUGGAAAAUAACCUCUAUGAUCCUUGGAGUGUUAAUGAAACGUCCACCAGCGUUCGUAUAAUUAAGAAAAAUUCCAAAAAAGUUUGGGCGAAGAUCGAGAAGACAGAUAGAAUGAACGUUUUGGGAAUGAUCACGUGCUCCAUUGCAUUUGGUAUUGCAUUGAGUAAUCUCGGACCUGAAGGUCGUCCAGUCAAAGAAUUACUUGAUGUCUGCCUAAAGAUUGUUAUGAUGUUGAUUAACGCCGUUAUGUGGACAUCUCCUUUUGGCAUAUGCAGUCUGAUUGCUGGCAAGCUUGUUGAUAUGGAGGACAUUGGGAAGACCUUCGAAUCGCUUGCAUACUUGAUCGUGACGACCAUCACUGGCAUCGCUAUCCAGGCUUUGAUCGUUUACCCUGCGAUAUAUUUUAUUUUCAUUCGAAAGAACCCUUUUCGAUACCUGUUCAAUAUGCAAGCAGCUGCUUACACGGCGUUUGGAACAAGCUCGAGCGCUGCGACUCUGCCUGUAACUUUGAAGUGUGUGAAAGAACUAAACAAAGUUGACACAAGAGUUGCUCAUUUUGUUUUACCAAUUGGAGCAACAGUGAAUAUGGACGGCACAGCUUUGUACGAGGCAGUAGCUUGCAUUUACAUCGCACAACUGAACGGCUACAGUUUUGGCAUCGGGAAGGUCUUGAUUACAGUCUUAACAUCUGCUGCUGCAUCAAUUGGAGCUGCUGCAAUUCCAUCUGCUGGAUUGGUUACAUUGAUCAUGGUACUAGAAGCUGCUGGCUUACCUACUACUGAUGUGGGAUUACUGUACUCAAUUGACUGGUUUUUGGAUAGAUUUCGGACCGCUUGUAACGUUACAGGAGACGCAGUUGGUUGUGCGGUUAUUGAAAAGUUCUCACACGCUGACUUCCUCGACAAUUCUGCCAAUGUUGCCUACACAAAUCCCAGUGCUACGGAAGCGAUAUUGUGAUAACAUAAAAAAUUAACAAUCACUGUUUUGUCGAUUAUGAAUGAAGAAAGUGCCCAUUUUCUUGUCAUGUAAUGUUACACAUUUACGAGUGACGUGUGCCUAUUUGUCUUUUAUUUGGUUUAUGUAUAUUGAACCUCUUAUCAACAUAAGUGGAAAUUUUUAAAGUGAGCAAUUCUGUUGGCAAUUUAUUCAAUGAUGGCAGAGUAAAUUCCUCUUUGUUUUGAA